AAAGUCGGUUGAUGUAACUGCAUGCGAAUAUGUAUGAUUAUAUAAUGUAGAUAGCAAUAUACUGUUUGUAUAAUCGCAAGAACUUAAAAAUGAUUUAUAUUAGUAUCAUAAUUAUAGCUGUUUUGAUAUGUAUCGAACUGACCGGUGGUUUCUUUGCAAGAACAUUUCGAGAUGGAAACUGGAGGACUAAAAGCCACUUAGAUAUAACAGCAACGGGAACACUUCGAGCGAUUAGCAAAUAUAUCAACGCGAAUAAAGGAGGAUCUAUAGAAGAUUUCUUUCGUGAUGAUCAGAAUGGCAAGCAUACAAUGAUGACGAAAGUAUCUGCAUUGAGAAAGGCAGUUGCUGAUACACAGGAGAACAAGAAGGAUACAGCUUAUAUUCACUGUCACGCUGAUCAAAUCUUUCUCGCGCAUAACUUCGUGAAAUCUUGUAAACAGAAACUGAUUGCGCGAAAAGAUGACCUUGACGAAUUCAUAAAACUGCUGGGUGAAUGCCUCUAUACUAUACAAUCAUUCUAUAGUAAUACGAACUGGGUGGAAAUGUAUGGCAGUGUUGCAUAUGAAGAUUUUGGAAUAAAUGAUUUAAUGGACGUAGCGGCCUUGGAAGAAGACACCUGUUUAGACAAUGCGGAUUACAAUUCCGAAUGUAAGAACAACAUACGAGUGAAUGGUAAACUGACCAGUGGAUACCAUCACAGAAGAGGCAAUACCAAACCUGCAAAAGCAAUUGGUUCAUCAACUGGUAAAUGUAGUCAUGGAGGUCCUGACGAUGACAGCAGAAAACUUGUGGCUAGAUGUGGCAUCAAUAAGGACUCAAUUACUCCUGAGUGGUCACCACAUUCUCAUUUACACAAACAAGCAUAUACGGCCGCUGUCCAGGCUACAGAGAACUUCCUUGUAGCUAAUGAAACUGGAGUGUUAUACACAAUUGGACCAACAAUAUUUGAAGACGUAUUUCAUGUUAAAAGACGGAUGGAUAUGACUCUAGCUAUGGCAAUAGACUAUACUGGUUCGAUGACAGACAAUAUUGAUGAUGUCAAAACAAAGGUGACAGAAAUGUUAACAAAUACCGUAGGAUCUUCCAAUGAGCCUGCUGAUUAUGUUCUAUCUUUAUUUCAUGAUCCAGAAAGCUGGAAUUUAGCUUAUAAGUACGUCGAUGGGUAUGAAAUGAUAAACAAAGUUCAAACUAUCGAAUCAAUUAGUGGUAUUAAUCCAGAUUGUCCUGAAUUCGCAGCAGCAGGGAUGUUAGGAGCAAUAGAACUGAUGAGAGAUGAUUCACCUCUAUAUGUAUUUACGGAUGCAGACGCAAAAGAUGCUGACCGCAUGCAAGAAGUCAUUGAUGCAGCCAAAGCAAAGAAUAUCUCAAUCACAUCAUUACUAACCGGUCAGUGUGCUCGAAGAAAACGAUCAGCAUUAGGUCGGCAUGAAAGGUCUGCAUCAUCAUUGUCAUUUUUCCAACAAAUAGCUGAAGCAACGGGUGGAAGUGUUUUUGAAACGGACAAAGAAAACAUUGGAAAUGUCCUAGACACUGUUAUAGGGGAAACAUUUCCGUCCAGUGAAAUAAUAAUAGACUCGUUUGACUGGUCUUCUGCUGAAACUGAUGACCAAAAUAUAACCAUUGAUAGUACGAUCACAGUGCUCAAGAUAAGUGUAACUGGAUCAUCUGCAGAAACAGAUGCAGAUAUAUAUUAUGCUAAUGGUACAUUGGAGACAUUCACAUCUGGAAAGUCAACAAGAAUCUAUACCUCAUCAGGCGAAACCAUUAUAUCAAUCCAGCAUCCUCCAGGUAGUAUCAUGAAACUUAGAAGGAAUGUAAUCAACGAUUGGAAGGUGAAUAUUACAGCACAGAGUUCUAUCAAGGUUGACGGUGAACUUUUGGAAAAAUCAGAUACUGGUGUGAUGGUUUCGCUGAAAGGCAGUCCAAUUUCGGAUAACAACUAUACUGUUGCUUUGUCUGUGUAUGGCUUUGGAUCAAAUGGUUCAUGUCACUCCAUUGCAUUGGCGGAUAGUACCGGAAAUGUUAUAUCGUCACACGAGGCUUCACAGUUGCAACGAGGUCUCGAUACGUUGUGUGCUGCAACUUUCAGAACGCCACAUGCUAAAUUCCAAGUUAAACUACAUGGAAACGACGAUAGUGGAAGACCAUUCACAAGGAAGCUCUCGGAACUAUACAAACCUGCAAGCGUUGAACUAGUUAUUACAGCAUCAACUGAUGAUGUUAUAAUUGGAAAGGAAAGGCUAAUUGGUUAUAAAUUUAUAAAUCGAGGAACUGUGACAGAGACUUAUCAAGUGUCAAUAUCAGACGACCAUUCAUUUGUCCAAGGAACCACAACUGUAGAGAAUACCCUUCUUCCUGGAGAUGGUGCUAAUGGAACCUUUGCUGUUAAGCCUACCACACCCUCUGCCAUAUUCUCAUAUAAUAUAUCUGUUUCAAUUGUAUCAACUGGAGAUGUUGAACAGAGUAUAACCAGGAAACUUGUGGUAACAGAUAUCGAGAGACCUGAUUGUUCUGUUGUACAUACGGAUGGAAUGUGUGGUAUAGCAUCUCUUAAUACAGCUAACUGUUCUUUGUACAACUGGACCGCUUCUGCUGAAGUGACAUUUUCAGGGACACUGUUAGAGGGUAUAUCAUCAACUGUUGGAAUGUCAGUUAAACUGAGUCAUGUUAAUAUAACGGGGUUAUCUACUGGUCCAAUAGCUGUUAACAUCAAUGGUGACUGUUGCACACCAUCGUUAUACAUAAAUGUGAUCGAUGUUGAUGGUUUUAUAUCACAGUGUGGUCUAUCUUUUGGUGAUGGACAGUCAGUUCAGUCAGUAGAAGUUGUGUCAGAACCUUCUGGGUCAUCGGGAACAGAUAUCUACACAAUCAUUACUAUAAUGACAGUUUGCGUAACAAUUGUCAUAAUUGUAGUAAUUAGCGCAUUUCUUUUGCGCAUGCACCAGAUUAAGUCAAAAGAUGGAUUGUCCAGAUCUAAAGCCAUCCCAGAUACUACAAGGAAAGAAAAAUUCAACGCUGAAAUGAUUUAUACAAAACAAGGAUUAUCUAUCAUUGAACAUGAUUGAUUAAAAAAAUUUGCUUGUCGUAUAUAAGCUGACAUAAACUGUAAUAGUAAUUAAUGUGAUACUGUUAAAUGCCAAUUUUAAUCUUACUUUUUGAAAAUUUCAAUACAUGCACAGCAACUGUAUUCAACUACUGUAAAUUCAGAAAUAAUUGCGAGUUUUUUUAUUAUUGCGAAUAAUACGACUGGUAGGGUAUCACAAUAAUAAGAACUUGCAUUCUGAUAUCUGAAACAUAUAUCUAUAAAACUAUGCAGAUUUUACUGAAAUCGCAAUAAUUAACCUCGCAUUUUUGUCUAUUCUUCAAAAAUCGCAAUUAUAAAUGUACGCACCAAUUUCUGAAUUUACAGUAUUCCCACAUUACAGUCAAUUGCCUAUGAUUUCCAACUAUUUUUAAUGUUAAUUUACAUAUGUGAUGAUUGAAAUAUAUUUUUUGACUAAAGUUUUAAAUAUGCUAUUCAACUGAAUGGCGUAAUCUGUAAUUAUGUCGAAAGUCUACAUUAUCUGUGAUAUUAUAUUGUACCAAAUUAAAUUUACAUAUUUCAUGUA